GGUCGUCAAGCUGUCGACGGUUUCGACACUAUUUAUCUUACUUCCAUAUGUUUAUUAUUUCUGUGCGGAUGUAGUGUAGCCGGCCUGGCUGGGGCGGACGAGGCGUUUCUGUCACAUGAGGAGGAGGAGGAGAAAAGGGGCUUAAUAAACAGAAAUAGGCUUUUUUGACAGCUAGCUUAUGGCUAGCCUGGUCAGGUAAGGUCGAGUGAUACGGUGGUGUUUCCCGAGGCGUCGUGCGGCUGUCACGGGAUGAGCGAGGCUCCUUGCGGUUUAUUUGUAGCGCACAGUGGAUAUAGACCUUAUUAAUAGUGUGUGUUUUACCGUGUAGUCAAACCACAACCGCUGCAGCCAGCAGGACAGCUCGGGGUGCAUAACGAGUAUCGUUACUGGAGCGCCGCUGGGAAAACUAAGGAAAGCUGAAAGAAAGUUUAAAGCCAGGCCCAGCUGCUUCAAGACCUCUCCGGGACACACAGCCCUUCUCUGACAUGGAAUAAUUUUUGGAAAGUUUUUUUUUUCCGGUUCAUUGUCCCAAGACGUCUACCUUUGGUGUUUAAUUUAAAGCUUGUUAAGUAAGUUUUGCACCCUGCCAGAGUUGGACAGUCAUGAUGUUGAACGUUGAAGUCCAGAAAAAGGAGUUUAACUCAUGACUGGAGACCAUGAAGCACCCAGGGAAGUGACCUCGGUGGAUAUCACAGCCUGAGGGUGCCUCACUGGCACCAUGGCAUCCAACGAGAGACUGUAUGAAGUCUGGAUGUUCUACUGCACCAAGAGGGAUCCAGACUACUUGAAGCUAUGGCUGGAGACUUUCAUCAGCUCCUAUGAGCGAUGCCUCGAUGUGGACUUUGAAAAGCCACCUUCAAGGCUAGAGGAGGUUCCCCCGGUGUUAACGCUCCUCCCAGACAACAUCCUCCAGGUUUUGCGCCACCAGCUGCUGCAGUGCGUCCAGAAAGCCUCUGAUGGCCUGGAGCCUGAGCAGCAAAACCUGGCACUGCUGCUGCUGAAGUUCCUCAUCAUCAUCUGCAGGAACCUGUCCAACGUGGAGGAGAUUGGCACGUGCUCUUACAUCAAUCACAUCAUCACCAUGACAACACUCUACAUUCAGCAGCUGAAGAGUAAGACCAAAGAGAAGGAGAUGGCAGACCAGAGUCAGGCGGAGGAGUUUGUCCGUCAUGCGUUGGCGUUCUGUGAGAGCCUCUACGACCCGUACCACAACUGGAGGCAUCGAACAUGCGGAGAGCAGUUGGGUACAGUCGAGAGGAGCAGGCAGAAGUACAAGGCAGCUCCACUCACUGUUGAAUUUGUCCCUUUCUUUUACCAGUGCUUCCAGGAGAGCGAGCACCUGAAGGAGAGUCUGAAAUGCUGCUUACUGCACCUAUUUGGAGCCAUAGUAGCUGGUGAUCAGAGGAACGCUCUGCUUGCAAUCUCUCCAGCCACCAUGGAAGUGUUAAUGCGGGUGCUGGCUGACUGCUCCAUGGGUAGCUGCUCUUCAGAUGAGGGUGAGGACUGGGACAGCGAGGCCCCCGAUCGCAAGGCGCUGCUAACUUUAGGCUGCUUGAGGGAGGUGGUGCAGCGUCUCCUGGCCUCCAGCUCUGACCAACGCCAAGUGGAAAUCGCUUCCGUGCUGGAAAACUACUUCAAGCUGCUCAACUCGGACCCAGCGGCCGUUGUUGCUGCACAACAACAGCAACAGCAACAAGCCAAGGGCCGAGUGCCGACGCUCGGUCGACACUGGGAAAGUCGAUUUGUGGCGCUGCAAGUGAACAUGCUAGACACUAUCAGGGACAUGUUCCUGUGUUCAGACAGGCCAGUACUACAAGCCAUCUUCCUCAACAGUAACUGUUUCGAGCAUCUGACACGACUGCUGCAGAACAGCAAGCUGGUUAAUGCUAGGUGCACGGCGGCAGACAAGGACCAGAAAGAUAUAACCAACAACAGGUUACUGACAGGAGAGAGGGACUCUCAGGUGUUUCAAGGGCGACUAGACUCCCUUGCUGUAGCAACCAUCAAAGCCCUUACAACGGUGAUGCACAAAUCGCCAGCUGCAAAGGAAGUUUUUAAGGAGAGGAUUGGAUACAAUCACUUGUAUGAAGUGCUCACCUCCCUCGGCCAGCCAUCCCGGCACCUUCUCAAAGAACUGAUGAACAUGGCAGUGGAGGGUGAGCACACCUCAGUGGGCCUCCUGGGCAUCAGUAAUGUGGAGCCGUUGCUGCUGUUGGUCCAGUGGCUCCCAGAGCUGGACUCGUCCGAACUGCAGCUCUUUACUGCAGAUUGGCUCCGUCGCCUCAGCUGCCUCAAUCGACAGACCCGUGCAACCUGUGUCAACGCCGCCAUGGUCAUGCGAGCUCUCGCUGCUCUAGAGCGCCACCAGCGGCUACACCGAGCUUGUGCCGAAAGCCUUUUGGGAUUAGUCGGUUCACUUGGCUCCCAGUCUUUGAGUGCAAAGGAACUGCUGGGACUCCUGCGCCUCCUCAGGCCUCCAGAGUCCAACCAAACACAUCCCCACGUAGGUCCUGCACUGAGAGCCCUGUUGGCUAUGGUGCGUAAGCAGGGCCUGGAAAGUGCCAUGCAGUACUUUGACCUGUCGCCCAGCAUGGCAGGGAUUGUGGUUCCAACAGUGCAGCGCUGGCCGGGGUCUGCCUUCAGCUUUCUCGCCUGGUUGUCGCUGGACCAGGACCAGCUGGGCCCACCCAGCAAAGACAAGAGGAAACAGCUUUACAGCUUUUUUACCCCUGGAGGAACAGGAUUUGAGGCCUUCAUUAGCUCAGCGGGUGUGUUGGUGGUGGCUGUAUGCACAAAGAAGGAGUAUGUCACUGUCAUGCUGCCCGACUACUGCUUCUGUGACUCCCUCUGGCACAGCAUUGGUGUGGUGCAUGUGCCUGGAAAGAGGCCAUUUGGACAGAGUCUUGUCUACAUUUAUGUGGAUGGACAGCAGAAACUAUCUGCCCCCCUCAAGUACCCCACAAUGACAGAGCCCUUCACGUCCUGCUGCAUCGGCUCAGCAGGGCAGCGUACCACCACUCCCCCACCCUCCCAAAUCCCAGACCCUCCGUUCUCCUCUGCCACCACGCCCACCACUCGCUCCUCACUGAGCGGCAUCCUGUCGUCGCAGACCUGGGGGGGACUGCUGGGCGGAAAACCAGAAUCUGUGACUAAGCUCAUCUCUGCAGGGACCCAGGACAGCGAGUGGGGAAGCCCCACAUCACUGCAGGGCCAGCUGGGAAGUGUCAUGGUGUUUCAUGAACCCCUGCAGCAAAACCACAUUAAAGCCAUCUGUAGUGCUGGUCCAAAUUGCAUCUCUCCAUUUAAAGCCCAGGAAUCAGAGCUCGGAGAUCUUUCAACCAAAUUGCUGCUGCACUACUCACCCAAGGCAUGUAGAAACCCGAUCUGUCUGGAUCUGUCGCCAAACAUGCUGCACGGACGUCUGACGGGGAACAAAGUUGUUAACUGGGAUAUCAAGGAUAUGAUCAACUGUGUUGGAGGUGUGCCAGUCCUUAUUCCUAUACUGGAGCAGUUGGCCCUGGUGACCCCUGAUCAACAGAACAGCGAUCCUGCAGCUGGAUCAGAUUUCAUCACUCCUGAUGUGACCACACCAGCGGAUGGAGACUGGGUCAUACUCCCAUCCAACAGAGCCUCAGAGGCUCGCCUGGAGAAGAACCUGGUGGCUACUUUCCUGUUAGUGCUGAAGCAUUUCCUGCAGAGACACCUGAUCAACCAGGAAAACCUGCUGCACUCGCAUGGUGUUGGAACAUUGGGAGCUCUGCUGCAGAAGUUGCCACCAGGUCACGUGGACGUCAGUGUGCUGGUUGCUAUGCAGCUGCUGAUCGAGCAGGUGACAUACGAGAAGAACCAAGCUCUGCUGCAGCAGCUUCACACACAUCUACUGUUCAACUUCAACAUCUGGAACAAAGGAGACUUCCCCCUACGCAUAGGUCAUAUCCAGUACAUGUCCACCGUCAUCAAAGACAACAGGAAGCAGUUCAGGAAAAAAUAUGGAGUUCAGUUUCUGUUGGACACCGUACGCCUCUAUUAUGGGAGGAAUGCUAGUAAAGAAAGUGACCUGAGUGAGGAUGACAUUCGUACCAUCCGGGCGUCUCUGUGUGGCCUCAUCAAGUACUACAUCAGCAAGGGCAUGUCACAGGAGGAGAUGCACAGCAUUCUGGGAUACAUCGCUGCAAUAGGAGACGAAGACCAGCUGUGUGGCCUCCUGGAGUUGUUGCUCAGCCUUCUUCAGAGCAGUCCAGCCAGAGACCAGCUCUUCCUGCUCCUUUUUGAGCACGGGGCAGCCGACUGCUGCUACGCUCUUCUUCUAAACAACAAACACUCAGAUCGCCUCAGAGAGCUGGUCUUCAAGCUCUUUGAGCGCAUGCUACGCUGCGACCGUGUCUAUGAGAAGAAUAAGCAGAGAUUGCGGCUGAGAGAAGCAGGUUACGCUGGUCUGUCACUGCUCUUCUCCGAACUCCACAUCACUCCCACCUUGGUCCGCUGUCUCCUCAACCAAGUCCUCCAUACAGAUCAAGUGGUGAACUACAAGGACCUGAUGGCUCUGGUCCAACUUACUCACCGGGCCGGACCCAGUGUACGGCUCAUUGUCUGCAAGAGGGUGUACCAGCUGCUUCAGUCCCAACAGGAUGCUGCCUUUCAGAUCUCAAGGCAGCAGUGUUGGCAGGACACCCUGAUGCGGCUGUACCUACGUGGUGACGGUUCCCUGCCGCUGCGUAGCUCUGACACUAUCAGCACGUGCAGCCUGGACCUGAAUCGGACCAGCGGCAGCUCUAACCGCCUGGAGCUGCCCCUGGACAGGAGGGCGCGAGCAGGCAGCGCUAGCCGCCUGGACCGGCUGGACGAUGACCGGAUCAGCAUUGGUGACACUCGAUCCGUGGACAGCCUGGAGAACGGCGAUGUCAUCUCACUGCUGGAUACGCCAUCCUCCUCUGCCUCGACCGAGCCGCAACUCCACCCCAAGCCCUGGGUGGUGGGAAAAUCAGGAGGCUUGAUGCUGGAUCUGUCCCAUCUACAGUCCUAUGAGGGCGGAGACAGUGGCAGCCAGACACCUGGAAGCAUGCCCAGUACACCGUCACCUCUGGAGACCUCAAAGCCUUUCCCAGGAACCUCCGGGGAUCGAGAUGCAACUUCUACACUGACUGAAGACAGCUUCCUCUUCAGUGACAACAUCUCACUGGGGGAAUCCUUCAACAAUGCUGAGCGGGCAGAGGAGGAGCUGUGCAGCAUGCUGAUGGAGAUCGUCCUGUGUGUGAUGUGGCGAGGCGUUGAGGGUUCUGAUGAUUCGGCGUGGCUGGAGCGAGGCCAGGUCUUCUCAGCUCUCACAAAACUAGGAACCGCUAAUGAGCUGCUGCUUCCUGUCGACCAAAUCAAGCUCAGUCUGAUGGAGCGCAUGUUGGAGUGGGCAGUGAGUGAUAACCGCGAGGCAUCAGCUGCUACGUUACCACAACACACCGAGAAUGCAGUUCGGUUGCUUCACAUGGUACAAGACUUCCUGCAGGCAGAGGGCUUGAUCAAUCCAGCGCUGUGGACAGAGAAGGUGCUGGAAGAAACUGUGACGCUGAUGGACAGCCUCAUGGUGUGGUACUCUGCUGGCACUCAGUGGUUCCAGCUCUCACAAGUUGGACUGAGACUGCUGCUGGGUUUCAUGGCUCAGGAAGACCCUGAGGUAUGUGCCAUGGCCACCGCCAAGCUCAAUGGCAUCCUGCAGACCAAGGAGGUGUCCAGCCAGGACGAGGCCUGCUACCUGCUGGGGAAGGUGGAGGGAAUCCUGCGGCGCUCCAUCCAGGAGCAGACUGAGGAGACGUACUCCUUCCUGGUUCCACUGCUGCGAACGCUGCUCUCCAAAGUCCACCGGCUCCUCUACAUGGAGCUGCACCUGCCUCAGCUCCCUGACACCAACGGAAGCCCGUCCUUCUUUGAGGACUUCCAGCUGUACUGCAACUCUCCUGAGUGGCGUGUCUACCUCGACAAAUAUAUUAUUCCGUACAUGAAGCAGUAUGAAAUCGAGAUGUUCAGCCAGGGUCAUGAGACAAUGGCUCUGUACUGGAAAGAGUGCUAUGAGGCGUUCAUGGUCAGUCUGCAUAAGAGAGAGAGGGAGAGAGGUGAAAGUAAGAUCCGCUUCCAGGAGCAGUUUGUGGAGCCUUUCUCACGCCGUGGCCGUCAGGAGAACCUGCGCUACAACAGCAUGUUGAAGCAGCAGCACAGCCAGAACAGCGCCACUCUGAGGCAGUGGAAAGCAGCACGGCGAGGUCUGGUGUGCGAGAGAGGACCCUGGGCUGACAGGCAGCAGGAUGAGAUGCACUGGAGGGUGUCCAGUGCUGAGAACUUCUCCCGCAUGAGGCUGAAGCUGGUCCGUAAUUACAACUUUGAUCCUCACAGAGAGGCCAGUGCUCUGAGAGACAACCUGGGUGUCCAUCAGCAGCGUGUAAACCCAGAGCCUCUGCUACUGGAAGCUGUGAAGCAAGUCAAAGUCAGCGACCUGGAAGACGACAUCCUGGAGCUGCCGGAGGACGACCCUGCUGCUGCCAACAACCAGGUUGAAGCAGAGGAGGCGGGCCAGAAGGAGAAGCUGGUGUUGUGGGAGGAUUGUGAGCUGGUGACAGUGGUGGACGUGGUGCCUGGUCGCCUGGAGCUCACCACACAACACAUCUACUUCUACGACAGCAGCCAGGAGAAAGAGGAAGGAGUGGGCCACGACUUCAAAUGGCCCCUGUCUCAGAUCAGAGAAGUGCACCUCAGACGAUACAACCUGCGUCGCUCAGCUCUGGAGAUCUUCCUCAUUGACCAGACCAAUUACUUCCUCAACUUCAAAAAAGAGGCGAGGAACAAGGUCUACAGCCGCAUGUUACUGCUGCGAUCCCUCAGCCUUUAUGGAACCCGCUCACCUCAGGAGCUCCUCAAGGCCUCUGGGCUCACACAGAAAUGGGUGAACCGGGAGAUUUCCAACUUUGACUACUUGAUGCAGCUCAACACGAUUGCAGGCAGAACGUACAACAACCUGGCUCAGUACCCAGUGUUUCCCUGGAUUCUCGCUGACUACACCUCAGAGGAGCUGGACCUUUCUGAUCCUCGAGUAUUCAGGGACCUAUCAAAGCCAGUGGCAGUGCUUAACGAACGCAAUGCCAAGGCCGUCAGGGAGAAAUAUGAAAGCUUCGAGGACCCAACAGGCACCAUUGACAGGUUCCACUACGGCACUCACUACUCCAAUGCUGCUGGCGUGAUGCACUACCUGAUCAGAGUGGAGCCCUUCACCUCCCUGCACAUCCAACUGCAGAGUGGACGGUUCGACUGUGCCGACCGCCAGUUCCACUCCAUCCCAGCGACAUGGCAGACCCUCAUGGACAACCCCAAUGACGUCAAGGAGCUCAUCCCUGAGUUCUUCUACUUCCCAGAGUUCCUAGAGAACCAAAAUGGCUUUGAUCUGGGUCGCCUGCAGAUCUCCAAGGAAAGAGUCAAUGACGUUAUUCUGCCCAAAUGGGCCAAGUCCCCCGAGGACUUCAUCUACAAACACCGCAAAGCUCUGGAGUCAGAGUAUGUAUCCGCCCACCUUCAUGAGUGGAUCGAUCUGAUCUUUGGUUACAAACAGAGGGGCCCUGCAGCGGUGGAGGCUCUCAACGUCUUUUACUACUGCACCUAUGAGGGGGCCGUGGACUUGGACGCCAUCACCGAUGAAAAGGAGCGUAAGGCUCUGGAGGGAAUGAUCAGCAACUUUGGUCAGACACCCUGCCAGCUGCUCAAGGAGCCCCAUCCAGUGCGUCUGUCUCAGGAGGAAGUGGAGAAGAGGAAGGCUCAGCUGGACUCGUGUCCUCUCAACAUGUUUGAACACCUCGGCGAUCUCAAGUCCUUCUUUGUUGAGGGCAUCAGUGACAGCGUGCCGCUGAUUAAAGCUGUGGUCCCAAAGAAUCAGUCUCAUUCCUUCAUCACUCAGGGGAGUCCUGACACCAUGGUGACGGUGAGUCAGAACUGCCUGGUCGGGACUCACGGCUGGCUGCCUUACAACAAGAACAUCUCCAACUACUUCACCUUCAUUAAGGAUCCUACCGUGUCCAACACCAAAACCCAGCGUUUCCUGUCAGGACCUUUCGCCCCCGGUGUGGAGGUCACAGCAGGGCUGUUUGUGGUCUCUCACGACGGGAAGCUGCUCUUCAGUGGCGGCCACUGGGACAACAGCCUCCGGGUCACAUCGCUGGUCAAGGGCAAAACCGUGGGACAGCACAUCCGACACAUGGACAUUGUGACCUGCUUGUCAACAGACCACUGUGGCAUCCACCUGAUCUCUGGCUCCAGAGACACAACCUGCAUGGUGUGGCAGGUUCUGCAGCAGGGUGGAGCUCCUGUUGGUCUUUAUCCCAAACCCAUUCAGGUGUUGUACGGACACACAGAUGAGGUGGUCAGCGUCAGUAUCAGCACAGAGCUGGAUAUGGCUGUCUCUGGAUCACGGGAUGGGACGGUGAUCAUCCACACGGUGCGUCGGGGUCAGUACAUGCGCUGCUUGCGGCCGCCGUGCGACAGCUCCCUGCCGCUGUCAAUCCUCCACCUGGCCGUGUCCUGGGAGGGUCACCUGCUGGUUCACACCUGCCUGGAGGGCAAAGCGACACUCAAGGAUAAAAAUGCUCUGCACCUCUACUCUGUCAACGGGAAGCACCUCUGCAGUGAGCCUCUGAAGGAGAAGGUGACAGAUAUGUGUGUUUCAGGGGAGUAUGUGGUCAUCGGCAGCGAGCAGGGAUACCUGUCCAUCCGUGACCUCUACAGCCUGUCUCUGUGUUCAGAGCCGAUGGCCAUGCGGGUGCCGGUUCGUUGUGUGUCGGUCACUAAGGAGCAGAGCCACGUCCUGGUGGGCCUGCAGGACGGGAAGCUGAUCAUCGUGGGCGUGGGGAAGCCGGCGGAGGUAAAGAACUCGCUGCGGAACUACAUCGCUCAGAGCCUUGAGGGAUCGCCGCUCAUGGCCUCCCCGCUGCUGGCCCCUCUCCGAGCUCGCUCACCGACCCGCCUGCUGCACCAGCGAGACCAGCUGGUGUUCAGCCCCACUUCCUGCUCCCACAAACCCUAGCGGCUCUAGAUCCUCCCUCCCCUUUCGUUGCUGUAGAUCCGACACACACACAUAUCUCCCACACGGUCACCUCUCCGUCUCAGGGAUGGUUGUCGCCCACAGUCAAUCAUUUGGCUUCACUCCUCCCUCCUCAAACGCACACUGACAUCUGAGCCUCACAGAUUUAACACAUUCCUUCAGAACAGAACCACAACUGUGAUACGAAAACAACUCUGUGUGCUUACCUCAUUCUGUUUCAAAAUAUUCGGCAUCUGUGCAAUAUUUGACUUGAUUUGGCCGUCGACGUAGGAAAACCUCCAUCCGAUGCUGUUUACCUGAAGUGUUAUUAAGUUCUGUGUUUGAGUGUGCUCUCCAAACUGUAACAAAACAUGCUGUGAAUCAAACUUAACUCUAAUUAACGCUUCUGCAAACUCAAGCCAUAUUACCAGUGUAGCUACAAUCUAAUACCACUAAUAAUCUCAAGCUAGACUUUAAUGUUUUGAUAAUGUAAAUAGUGUGUCGGUGCAGAUGUAGGGCUUUGAUACAGGCAGCCUCCCUCUGAAUAGUUUGAUCUGAAUCAUUGCACCUUCCUGCUUUUCAUCUUUUUUUUUUUGCUCAAAUUGACUCACACAAAAGUGAAUCAAGCUUUGAUUUUUUUUCCUUUAUUACCUCACAGGCUCCAAUGAACUAAUCAAUCACUCAUGAAUCAUAUUCCUCCUCCUUUUCCCCUCCUCUCCUUUUGUUUCCUUUGACUUCACACUUUUCUUUCCCCACUCUCCCCCUUCCUUCCUUCCUUCCUUCCUUCCUCCUCUUCCUGCACUCUUCCCAGAUGCGUUCGGGCCAGAUCACACGGAAGCUGUGGGGCUCCAGCAAGAGACUGACUCAGAUCUCCUCGGGGGAGACGGUGUACAACACCCAGCACGACCACCACUGACCCAUCCCCGAGCCCUAAACCGUCCCUCAUUCCUCACCUCCAUGUCUGUCCACCACCAAACAGGUCGCCUCACGUUGUCCGAUUAUCCCGUCAGUUCCUCCAUCAGCUCUCCUGUUUAGCAGGUGGUGGGUUUUGGUUCUGAGGUGCAGCAAAACAUCACCAUAAUUGUGUCGGUGUGUUUUAUGGGGUGUGUAUUCCUGCUUUGAACUGACUGUCCGGCGCUGGCGCUGCGGUUUCAAAGCAGGAGUAGCAUCAGAAUCCACAAAGCCACACCACUUCCCUCCUCAUUUACAUCACGCCACGCCUGAUUUGAUGGGAUCGGUCGCAUAUCUGUACGUGUGUGUGAGUGUGCGGCGUAUUGCCGUGCCCGACCCGAAAAUAUUGUUUAAAGUGGCCUUUCUGUGCCCCCUUAGUUUGCCUUGGGUGCAGACAGGCGGGCCUGUGCUCUGUAGGCCGAGACUUUUCAUGGUUGCCUCAAAGCUGCCACCCAGCAGCCUUAUGCAGUAAGACAGCUCCACCACACACAAGACCAAACUCUCUGCCUUUUCUAUGGGUUUUUAUAUGUGUGUGUGUGUGUGUGUGUGUGUUGUUUUUUUUAUGUUUGUUUCUUUGUUUUUAGUUUCUGUGUUGUUGUUUUUUGAUAAAUUAAUGCAUGUGCACAGCGACUUGGCAUGGCAGUGUGGUUCAUUCUGAGAUUAAGUAGGAAACUGAGGAUUUUUUUUUUUUUUUUUUAACAUUUGGAUAUAGCUGACUUGUUUUAGUUGAGAGGAUUACCACCUGUCUUUAAUGUUUUAAUGUGAGCAUAUCAUUUAAGAUGUAGUUUAAAAAAGUUCACUACAAGUUAAACACUACAUUCUCAAACAUGACAAGCUUCCGUGUGAAGGUUUAUCACAGCGGUGCAGAGAAAAAGCAACUUUCAAGUCUCUCCGUGCUCCAUUGAAUGUUUUUAAGUUACUUGAAUCCGUGUUUAUUUAUGAGUAAGAGUAGCAGUUUUUUAAAUCGGACACCAGUGUGGCAUGUUUUGAAACUCUUCUGACUGUUCAGAUGCCUGGAAAAAAGAAAGAGAAAGAAGGAAUCCUCAAGGGCUUUAUGAGAUGUCAGUGUUAACAGCAAUACAGCUCCUUCAUCGUGUGCCUGUCGGUGCUUUCUUCCUAUUUCCCCUCAGCCAGCCCUCUAUCUGCAGUCUUCCUGUAGCUGAACCAAGACAGUAAAUGUCCCCUAAAUCCCUCCUCCUCCUCCCCCCUGAAAGCCUUUAGCUCCCAUCAUCCUCCUCUGUUCUUUUUACAUCUCAUUCUCCUCCCCGCUCUUUGUGAAGUGACUGAUUUCAGAGGAGUUUUUUGUGGCAUCGAGAGCGUUUGCAUGCCUUGUUUCGGUUGUGUUGUGUGUGUGAAUGAAUGGGAUUUCUUUACUCUGUAAUAUGAGUCAUAAAAAUGCCACAGUGGGAAGCUUCUGUGGACGCGACUGAUUGAUUCAUAUUUUUGCACCAUAUCUGUAUGCGUGUGUGUGUGUGUGUGUGUGUGUGUGUGUGAGGACAUGCCAGUGAAGCAUGGGUUUAUUUUGCAUUGCCAAAUAUUUGACUUCUUCAUACAUGUUGACAUCUCUGAUUCUGUGAUUGUUCCUGGUUCAUUGUUGGACACACGGUUGCUCUAACAGUUGUCUCUUUUUUUGUUCCCCCCCUGAUUUUAUAUUUUUAUUUAAAUGUCACAGCAAGGUGGAGUGCAAAGACCAAUCUGUGUCCUUCUUUAAGAGAUUUCUCUGAAAGGUGCAUCCAGUGUUUAGUUUUUUUUCUCCCCUUUGGUUCAUCCACAUUUGUCGUACAGACAACAGACCACAGUUUGAGUUGUUCCAUGACUGCAACAAACAGAGUGCCUUUAUCCCAGUGUGGUGUUAAUGUAGAGCUAGAUUCCUCUCAGCUUCCUGUCCCCGACCUUAGCGGAAAUCAGCAUUCCACAAGUUAAACCUCCACAGUUUUGACGGGAACCAAGAAUGCAGGACUUCAAAGAAAAAAUCUAAAAGUACUCUUUUGUGUCUUAGCUACGUUCUCUGUGACUGUCACCAAAAUGGAUGUGUGUAUAUCUGUGAUUAUUUAUGAAUACAGUAUAUAAUGUACAGCAUGAUUUUUAUUUCAGCGUCUUUGAAAUGUACUUUUGCACUUUCCAGGUACUAAAUUGUAACAAAUUGUUUUAACUUGGCUCCCUAAUCUGUACAAACUGCUUUGUAUACACAAGUGGAAAAUGAUCAUUAAAGUCUUGUCUAAAUUUAAA